UCUCUGUUGUGUAUAUUUUGUUUUCAAUGAAAUAUUUAGCUGCACCAAAGUUUGUAAGUUACUGUUAAAAAGAGGUUGUAUUUGUACGCAUUUAAUUUGGUUUAAUACAAAUAUGCUCCUACUUGGGUGAUUGUGCAAGUUUUGAUUCGUUACAUUUAUCCACAAUGGCGAACGGCAAUGCCAAAGAGACAGAAGCAGAUUUGGAGUUUUUAUACGACGAUUCAGAUGCUUAUGCUCAUGAAAUAAGCGAACUGUACACGUAUUCAGAGGAAGCAGAAUUUCAAUUCAACAAGGAUAGCUUUGCAAAGCUACUAAAAUCAAGAGAGCUUGACAGUUGGGCGGGUGCUUCUCAAGAAAACAGAACUGCCCUUGUUAUGCAUAUUGUUCAAACACUGGAUGUUUUGGACAAGAAUGAACGAUUUGAAGCUGUAAGAUGGACAUUGUAUUUAGUUCAAGGAGCAUUCGGUGAAUGCAAGACCGCUGAAGAGCAGAGGUUGAAUUGUAGAGAGAAUUGCUUUCUUCUUUAUAAGCUUGGGAUAUUUAGCAUUGUACAAGAACUUCUUAUGAUGGAAAUAAAUUCCACCCCUCCUGUUGUUGUCCCCACCAACAAGAAAACCAACCUUUUAUCUCUAUCUGAUAGUCUUGAGUUACGAAGCCUGAUGAUAAUUAUUUACACAAUGGUUGAAACACUAAGACGGGAAAAUGAGGAUGAUUCAAAUGAAAAUGUGAAACUAAGGAAGGAGUUCUACACUGAACUUGAACAAGGCUUGAAUGACAAGGAGCCGCUUGUAAUUACUUUGUUUAACAUGGUAUGCAAGUUCUCAUCCCAAACCACUUCCAUACUACCCAUGAAAAAGGUUCUUCUGCUACUAUGGAAAUUACUUUUGACCCUUCUUGGUGGAUAUUCCUCUCUUCACAACAAGAUGGAAGAACGCAGGAAGGAAUUGGAUCUUCCACUGUUGGAGGAAAACCCACUAAAGAUAAUCCGCGAGAUGCGGGCGUCUGUUCCACCAACAUCGGCUGCUGAUCUUCUCGAUAUUUCGCAAGCUGGGAAGAGGAGAGGAAGAAAGAGCAUCCUGUAUGAUCUUGGUGAAGACAACAGCUCUGAUAACAUGAAUAACAAGGAAAAAUCAAACGAACCGCCUCUGGAAGAAGAAAAAGUAACGAGCAUCGAUGAUGAACCUUUACUGCCACCUAGUGGAGAUAAAGAUAAUCCUUUGGAUGAAACGAACGGCGUCGUAAAGUCGGAGCCUGUUGAACCAUCGGGAGCUGAAGGGGUGAUUGGAACGCCAACUAAAGUGGAAGAAGCACCUGUAGGGGGCGCGAUGACACCAAUGCCGACCCAAACCGCACCUACAUUAACCUCUAAUGCUGCAGCAGUAGCCGCAAAAAUUGUCCAGCUACGACGGGAGCAGCAAGCGCCCGACAUUAGUGACCUACCCCAUGUUAAAGUCGUGUCUGGGCUGCCUUGGACACCGAAAGCGAGGAAAAAAGACGUGGAAUUGUUUUUAAACCAAGUCCGGCAGAAAUUUAUUGGUUUCUCAUUGCCUGGUGACCUUACAACUGUAGCUGGCUUGCCCAAAACCACCAAAGACAGUUUGAAAAUCUUACGCAAGCAUACAUAUGUACCUAUGUCCGAUCUACAGAUCGCAAAAGAAGUGGAAAUGACAAAAUGUCCGCUUACUAUAGGAAAGCAAGAGGUAAUUUCCACUGGUGUAACGGAGCGAUUAUACCAAGCCAUGUUACCACAUAUACCACAAUACAUGAUCGCUUUGUUGAAGAUUCUGCUUGCCGCUGCUCCAACAUCUAAAGCGAAAAACGACUCAAUUAACAUUCUAGCUGAUGUACUGCCACAAGAAAUGCUGUCCACAGUGGUAGCUUCCCUUAGACUUGGUAUCGAUGUAAACAGACACAGAGAAAUUAUCGUCAAGUCAAUUUCUGGCAUGCUACUUCUGCUAUUGAAGCAUUUCAAACUCAACCAUGUUUACCAGUUUGAGUAUAUGAGCCAACACUUAGUAUUUGCCAACUGCAUACCCCUCGUGCUCAAGUUUUUCAACCAAAAUAUCGUCGCAUACGUCACGACUAAGAAUAUGAUUCCAAGCCUGGAGUUCCCAGCUUGUGUUAUAGGUGAAAAAUCUGAGAUCACGGCCGAAACUUUUGAUGGUGUCGACUCUAACAGUGUUCCCUGCUGGAGAAAUUUAUUCUCGAGUAUAAACUUGCUUCGAAUUCUCAAUAAAUUAGUAAAAUGGAAACACUCAAGAACCAUGAUGCUGGUCGUAUUCAAGUCCGCCCCAAUCCUGAAAAGAGCUUUAAAAGUUCGACAAGCAAUGUUCCAGCUUUAUGUACUCAAACUACUCAAAGUGCAAACCAAGUACCUCGGGCGUGCGUGGCGUAAAAGCAACAUGAAAACUAUGUCGGCCAUCUAUCAGAAAGUACGUCAUCGUCUGCAUGACGACUGGGCUUUCGGAAACGACGUAGACGCCCAACCAUGGGACUUCCAACAGGAAGAAUGCGCUUUACGUAACAACGUUGAACGAUUCAACGUAAGAAGAUACGGCAAAGGAGCUUCUGCGCUUACCAAUUCCACCAACAUACCAACAACCACAGAUGAAUAUACACCUGUGGAAAACAAUCUUCAAAAUUUACUUAAAGAAGAGGUUGAGCUGCCGGUUGAGUUUCGCAAAUCCUAUGACGUAUGGUUGGAGCGCGAGGUGUAUUACUCGAACACUGAUUGGGACCAACUGCUUACAAUUCCAUGCGUGCAGUAACUUUUACUGUGUUGUAAAGUGUUUAACGAAGAAUUUUUACAAGAAUUUAUUAAACUGGUC